AUGACAGAAUUUACCCAUAAAAGUAUAGUGGACGGUUGGUUUCGUGAGGCUAAUGAGAGCAGUUUCCCCGGCCAAGCAUUUACUUUAAAAGUUGAAAAGAUUUUAUAUCAUGCUCACAGUGAAUUUCAGGACAUUCUAGUUUUCAAAAGUACUACUUAUGGUAAUGUUCUAGUUCUUGAUGGGAUAAUUCAAUGUACCGAACGUGAUGAAUUUGCAUACCAAGAGAUGAUUACACAUAUUCCAUUAUAUUUGCAUAAGAACCCUAAGAGAAUUUUGGUUAUUGGGGGAGGAGAUGGUGGUGUUGUUCGUGAAUUACUAAAGCAUGAAUGUCUUACCCAUAUCACUCAAGUAGAAAUCGAUGAGACAGUGAUUAAAUUAGCUCGAAAAUAUUUCCCCGGUAUGUCACAUGGAUUGGAUAACCCUAGGGUACAAAUAAAAUUAUGUGAUGGGUUUGAAUAUUUGAAAGGUCUUGCCAAUACAUCAGCUGAGGAUAAAUAUGAUGUCAUAAUUACAGAUAGUUCUGAUCCAGAGGGCCCUGCAGAAGCUUUUUUUAAAGAUACAUAUUUCAAACUAUUGAAAAAUGCGUUAAAAGAUAACGAUAGUCUAAUUAUCACUCAAACAUCUGAAAACAUUUGGUUAAAUAUUGAUUAUUUGCAAGACUUGUUGAAAGCUGCAAAAUCUGUCUUCCCAAAUACUAAAUAUUGUUAUACAAUGGUCCCAACAUACACAUCAGGGCAACUCGGUCUAAUGGUAUGUUCCCCAGAUGAAACAUUGGAACUAACCUCACCAGUUAGAAUUCCUACUGAAGUUGAACAAGAUAAUUUGAAAUAUUACAACGCCGAAAUACAUAAAGCAUCAUUUGUACUACCGAAUUGGUCAAAUAAAUUGCUAAAUAAUUCACAUUGA